UCUAAGAAAUGGCUUUGCUUUAUGAUCUAAUUUAUUUACACAAUUCCCCCAACAAUGUCACGUAACAAAAUCCUAGAAAUUCAUACACUGCACCAUCCGAAAUCAAAAUGUCAGACGAAAUUCCUUUCCAUAUCCAAGAGCUGAUCAUCAAAAGGCUUCCUGUCGUAUCAUUGCUUCGGUUCAGAUCGGUCUCAAAAGCCUGGAAGUCAUUGAUCGACAGCUCUGACUUUGUUGCUGCUCACAGCGUUACUCAGCCUCAGCAUCUGCUUUUAUGGUACGGAAAUCCGGAUGAUGACACCUCUGAAAAGUAUGUUUCUUUCAUAGACGAUGACACCUUCCCUCAACAGAGGUUUGUUCAUACCCUUCCUCCCUCUGUUAAACUACUGAAGCAGCCAAACAUUAUCGGUAGCUCACUCGGGUUGUUGUGCUUGCAUGGUCUUUAUGGGGACUUGAAUACUGAGAUGGUUGUUCUUUAUAAUCCUUCGACUAGAAAGUCAAUUUAUGUUUCUGUGCCUACGAAUGUUAAUCCAUAUUGUGAACCUAAUCUUGGUUUUAGGGUUUGCCCUGUCACCUAUGACCCUAAGAUAGUUGAGAUCACACUAUUUCACAAACCUCGUUUCCAUUGUGAAGCUAAAGUUUAUACUGUGAGCUCAGGAAAAUGGAGAAAUAUUACUAGCAAUCUUCCUAAUAAACCAUUUCAUGUUUUCUGGCCUCAAGUGGUUGUUGAUAGGUUUAUAUAUUGGUGUGCUUUUGACCCGUUGACUAUGGAUAAAGGGUUACCGAAUCAUAAUGUGAUAAUGUCAUUUGAUAUAACUAAUGAGAGUUUUGAAGUGGUAGAGCUCCCAGAUUGUUUAAGGCUUCACCCUCCUAUUCAGUUGUGUAUUUCUAAUCUUAGAGAGUCUCUUGUCAUGCUUGAAUACGACAGUUUUGUGAAAGGUGCUUGUGGUGUAUGGAUGAUGGAGAAUGGUGUUAAGAAAUCAUUUAGAAAGUUGUUCACUGUUGAGGCACCAUAUUGGUCAAGGACAUUAUUAACACUGGGAUUUAGGAAGAGUGGUCAACCUAUAAUGGAAGUGGAAAAUCGUCAUGAUCAUACUUUUGGACAGAGUGAAAUUGUGGCCUAUGAGCCCAACUCAGAAUGCAUCAAUGAUCUUGGGAUUUAUGGAGCAACUGGAACAUUCUGUAUGAAUUCUUACAUGGAAACACUAGUUUUGCUCGAUCGAUCUGAUUGCAAUACCAAGGCUGAAGUUGAUGGAUUUAGUGUGGACAAUUGAGGAAAGAUAAUCACAGAAAUUAGUUCAAGUUGGUAAAAAGUUAAAUGCAUCAUAUAUAAAAGUUGAUGUGUUAACUCAAGAUCAGUUUUGUAGCUUAUAUGAAUUGAAUAUGAUGUUCGGUGAUUAUUUGUUUAA